AUGCUGUCAACAUUGAGCUACAUCUCUGAUUAUAACGUCAACGCGUCUGGCAUACUGCCAACAGUUGGCUACGUCUCUAAAUUUAACGUCAACGCGUCUGGCAUACUGCCAACAGUUGGCUACGUCUCUGAUUAUAACGUCAACGCGUCUGGCAUACUGCCAGCAGUUGGCUACGUCUCUGAUUAUAACGUCAACGCGUCUGGCAUACUGCCAACAGUUGGCUACGUCUCUAAAUUUAACAUCAACGCGUCUGGCAUACUGCCAACAGUUGGCUACAUCUCUGAUUAUAACGUCAACGCGUCUGGCAUACUGCCAACAGUUGGCUACGUCUCUAAAUUUAACGUCAACGCGUCUGGCAUACUGCCAACAGUUGGCUACGUCUCUAAAUUUAACGUCAACGCACCUGGCAUACUGCCAACACCUAGCUACAUCUCUGAUUAUAACCUCAACGCGUCUGGCAUACUGCCAACAGUUGGCUACGUCUCUAAAUUUAACGUCAACGCCCCUGGCAUACUGCCAACACCUAGCUACAUCUCUGAUUAUAACCUCAACGCGCCUCGCAUACUGCCAACAGUUAGCUACAUCUCUGACGUCACAGUCAACGCGUCUGGCAUACUGCCAACAGUUCGCUACGUCUCUCACUUUAACGUCAACGCGUCUGACAUACUGCCAUCAUUAUGCUACGUCUCCAGAAAAAUGGCAGAUUAG